AGAUUGCCAAGCCGUCUACGAAUAACCACUUUCUGGAUGCCCGGGUAUAAAUUCGAUUUUGGCAGUGGUCCCCAGUAGCAGUAGCAAAUCAGCAGCAACCAUGAAACAACAAUCCGCCGUAGUCAUUAUCCUGACCCUUUUCGUGGCCAGUGGAUGGGCCCAACCGCUGGAUAUGCCCGCCCAGCUAGACGCAGAGGUGCGCAGCGUGGUGGACGAGAUGACCGAGAUCGGCAAAUCCACUGGCGUGACCCUGUUGCAGCAGUACGAGGAGAUCGUACUGGAGCCGCAACAAGAGCUGGAGGAUGCCAUUGAACAGGUGGAGUCGCGUCGCCAGGAGAGCCCCGACUGUGUGGCCGCCCAGGAUGAGGAGAUCAAUCGCAUUGUAAAUGCUGCCCACGACGAUCUGCACUCCUGUGCCAUUGUUGCAGCCCACACAUCCGCCGAAAUUGCCACCGAUGUGAGCGCCGCCACCCAGCAACUAGUCUAUGGAGGCUACAGCCUGGGCACCACCUACAACAAGUGCACCUCAUACAAGAACGCCGUGCUGAAGCAGACCUGCAUGGCCAAGUUCUAUGUGCAGGCCACCGUCUAUCUGGUCAGUGCCCGCUCCUCCAUCAAGACCAUCCGCCAGUCCACCAGUGAGCGCAUUCCCGCUGUCUUCGUCGACGGCAACUCAUGUACCCAUACCGCAUCCUCGCAGGCGGUGCUCGGCCUUGAGGAGGUUAACAGCCAUAUCGACGCCUGCGUCUCUCGACGCCGCUAGAUCUGGCACCUUCAUUCACCUGGUUUAUGCAAAUAAAAAUUUUGGAUAUUCUAUGCCA